UGAGUUACUUCCUGUUCUCCCGGUCUUGAUUCUUGUGUUGUGAGCUCACAGUCAGUGUUACUGUUUUACUCUCAGACUGACUUCAGAUCAGAAGAUGAGUGUUUGUGUGGAGGAAGAGGAGGACAGAGCAGAGUCUCCAGUUUCCGACUAUCUGUCUAUGAAGAGUGAUACGUCCAGAAAGAGACCUCUCUGCUUAAGUAAUGAACCUGGACCCUCAGACACAAAAGAGAAGAAGAGGAGUCAUGUUUCUGAGGAGGAGCUGCUGUCCAGAUCCAGAACAAGAGCUGGACUGCAGACAGCCAGUCAGACCGGCUCUGUACAAACAGAUAGAGGUCUGCAGGAGGUUUUAGAUGAACAUAAGAUCAGUCUGAGGAGGAGAUGUGAACGUGUGACUGAAGGAAGUGAUGAAACAGGAAGUGGAACCCUCCUGAACACGAUCUACACUGAGCUCUACAUCACAGAGGGACAGAGUGAAGAGGUUAAUACCCAACAUGAGGUAUCGCAGCUUGAGACAAUUUCCAAGAAGAAGACCCUCCAUGACACUCCAAUCAAGUACCACGACAUCUUUAAAGCCUCACCUGACCAACAGAGACGCAUCAGAGUCGUUCUGAUGAACGGCGUCGCCGGUGUUGGAAAAACCUUCUUAGUGCAGAAGUUCACUCUGGACUGGGCAGAGGGUUUGGAAAACCAAGAUGUCAGUCUGGUGAUUCUGCUUUCGUUCAGGGAGCUGAACUUGAUCAAAGAUGAGCAGUACAGUCUUCUGAAGCUGCUCCAUGUUUUCCAUCCAACAUUACAGAAGGUCACAGCAGAGAAGCUCUCUGUCUGUAAACUUCUGUUCAUCUUUGAUGGUCUGGAUGAAAGCAGACUUUCAUUGGAUUUCAAGAAGAAGAAGGUCGUGUCUGAUGUCGCACAGAAGACAUCAGUCAACGUGCUGCUGACAAACCUCAUCAAGGGGAAUCUGCUUCCGUCGGCUCUCGUCUGGAUAACAUCCAGACCUGCAGCAGCCAAUCAGAUCCCUCCUACACGUGUUGACAGGGUAACAGAAGUACGAGGCUUCACGGACCCCCAGAAGGAGGAGUACUUCAGGAGGAGGUUCAGUGAUGAAGAGCUGUCCAGCAGAAUCAUCUCACACAUGAAGACAUAUAGGAGCCUCCACACCAUGUGUCUAAUCCCAGUCUUCUGCUGGAUCACUGCUACAGUUCUGGACCACAUGUGGACUACAGACCAGAGAGGAGAGCUGCCCAAGACCCUGACUGACAUGUACUCACACUUCCUGCUGGUCCAGACAAAGAGGAAGAAGCAGAAGUACCAUGAGGGACACGAGACGAGUCCACAGGAGCUGAUGGAGGCUGACAGGGAAGUUCUUCUGAAGCUGGGGAGGCUAGCGUUUGAACAUCUGGAGAAAGGAAACAUCAUGUUCUACCAAGAAGACCUGGAGCAGUGUGGUCUUGAUGUCACAGAGGCCUCAGUGUUCUCAGGAGUUUGUACAGAGAUCUUCAAAAGAGAGAGUGUGAUCUUCCAGAAAACAGUCUACUGCUUUGUUCAUCUGAGUGUUCAAGAGUUUCUGGCUUCAGUCUACAUGUUCCACUGUUUCACAAACAGGAAGACAAAGGUACUGAAUGACUUCCUGUGGAUGGAUGAUUACCCAACCCUGGAUGUCUUCCUGAAGAGAGCCAUGGAGAAAUCCCUUAAAAGUAAAAAUGGCCACCUGGACCUGUUUGUCCGCUUCCUUCAUGGCCUCUCUCUGGAGUCCAACCAGAGACUCUUAGGAGGCCUGCUGGGUCAGACAGACAACAGUCCAGAAAUCAUCCAGAGAGCCAUCAACAACCUGAAGAAGAUGAACAGUGAUGAAAUCUCUCCUGACAGAAGCAUCAACAUCUUCCACUGUCUGAUGGAGAUGAACGACCUCUCAGUACAUCAGGAGAUCCAAGAGUUCCUGAAGUCAGAGAACAGAUCAAAGAAGGAACUCUCAGAGAUCCACUGCUCAGCUCUGGCCUACAUGCUGCAGAUGUCAGAGGAGGUUCUGGAUGAGUUGGACCUGUGGAAGUUCAACACAUCACUGGAGGGGCGACGGAGACUUAUUCCAGCUGUGAGGAACUGCAGGAAGGCUGUAUGUUUGUGCCAUGACAGAUUUAUUGGCUUGGUCUUGGAGACUCACUGUGAAGUAAUUGCUUCAGCUCUGAAGUCCAACCCGUCCCCUCUGAGAGAGCUGGACCUGAGCAGAACCAUCGACCUGCGGGAUUCAGGAGUGGAGCGGCUGUCUGCUGGACUGGAGAGUCCACACUGUAGACUGGAGACUCUGAGGGGGCGACUCCUCUGGUUGUAUAGAAGUCUAUGAGAAAAUGACUCUACUUCUCUCUUGAUUUAUUCCCUCAGUAAACAUUGUAAACAUGAGUUUAUGGUCUCAAUCUCUAGUUUCAAGUCUUCUUCAAUACAGCAUGAUGUUCAUUUAGUAAAUGAUGCUCCAUUUAGAGUCAAACAGACCAUAAAGCAGGGGAUGCUUUAGGGCGGGGCUACACACUGAUUGACAGGUCUCUUACAGAGCCGUACACAUAAUCUCCACGUCACUCAGUCCAAAUAAGUCAGUUUUGUUCAAUGGUUGCAACCAAACUCAAAGCUUCAAACUGACAGUCCUCAAUCCAAUGGGUGACGUCAUUACGACUACGUCAGCUUCUUAUAAAACAUUCUGUGGGUUUCACAUUUUUGGUUCAUGAAUUUUAAAUAUUUGUCUGAGCACAAAUAAAUGACUUAACAAAACAACAAGUAGAGACAACAACUGACAUUGUGGUCCAUCAGUCAGUGAACAUGAGGCUGAAGACUGUGUGAA